AAUGCCGUAUGCAAUAUUGCGGCUACCGGCUUAUACAUUAUUUACUCCUCGUGUACGAGAUAAUUUACGGUUUCACUAUUAACUUUUGUAAUAAUUGUUAUUUGUUCGUCGUACGUUUUUACGAAAAUGAUGUCACAGAACGGCGCUCCAGUUUUGGUGUUGAACACUAACACCAAAAGAAAAUUUGGACAUAAAGUCCAGAAAGAAAAUAUAGCCGCAGGUAAAGCAAUUGCAGAUGUGGUGCGUACAUGUAUCGGGCCCAGAGCUAUGCUUAAAAUGUUAAUGGAUCCAAUGGGCGGAAUUGUAAUGACUAAUGAUGGAAAUGCAAUUCUACGAGAAAUCACUGUCCAGCAUCCAGCAGCCAAGUCAUUUAUUGAGAUUGCUCGUACACAGGAUGAAGAAGUUGGUGAUGGUACUACUUCAGUUGUGGUACUUGCUGGGGAAAUUUUAGGUGUUGCUGAACAAUUUUUGGAACAAAAAAUUCAUCCAACUGUAAUCAUUAGGGCAUAUCGCCAAGCCCUUGAAGAUAUGUUAAACAUUUUAGAUAAAGAGUUCAGUAUUCCUUUACCUAUGGAUGAUGAAAAUAAACUGAUUGAAGUAAUUCAAUCAUGUAUAGGUACUAAAUUUAUAGGUACCUGGUCAGACUUAGCAUGCAGCAUUGCUUUGAAUGCUGUAAAAACAGUGAGAAUUAAGGAAGAUGGUCGUACUGAAAUUGAUAUAAAGAGGUAUGCCAAGGUAGAGAAAGUGCCUGGUGGCGCAAUUGAAGAUUCUGAAUUAUUAAAUGGCAUUAUGUUGAACAAAGAUAUCACGCAUCCUAAAAUGAGAAGAUUAAUCAAAAACCCCAGAAUUAUUCUUUUAGAUUGUUCCUUGGAGUUUAAAAAAGGCGAAAGUCAAACAGAAGUAGAAAUUGUUAAAGAAACCGACUUCACUAGGUUAUUACAGAUUGAAGAAGAGUUUAUUGAACAAAUUUGCAAUGAUAUUAUUGCAUUAAAACCAGACUUAGUAUGUACUGAAAAAGGAGUUUCUGAUCUAGCACAACAUUAUUUAAUGAAAGCAAAUAUAUCCGUGUUAAGACGUUUAAGAAAAUCUGAUAACAAUCGUAUUGCAAGAGCUUGUAAUGCUACGAUUGUGACACGAACUGAUGAACUUCGUGAAAUUCAUGUUGGAACGGAAGCCGGUCGUUUUGAAGUUAAAAAGAUUGGUGAUGAAUAUUUCACAUUUAUUACUGAAUGCAUCAAUCCAAAAGCCUGUACUAUAUUACUUAGGGGACCAAGCAAAGAUAUAUUGAACGAGGUAGAAAGAAAUUUACAAGACGCUUUGCAUGUAGCUAAAAACAUUAUGUUGAACCCAAGAUUAGUUACAGGCGGUGGUUCCAUUGAAAUGGCUAUAUCACAAGCGUUAGUGAAAAAAAGCUCAAAUAUAGCAGGUGUCGUCCAGUGGCCCUAUAAAGCUGUUGUUCAAGCAUUGGAAGUGAUACCGCGUACUCUUUUACAAAAUUGUGGUGUUAGCACUAUAAGAACAAUGACAUCGUUAAGAGCCAAACACUCAGUCAAAGGCAAUGAGUAUUGGGGUAUUAAUGGUGAAACUGGAGAAAUGUGCAAUAUGAAAGAUCUGAAGGUAUGGGAACCAAUUGUAGUUAAAUCUCAAGUAUACAAAACUGCAAUUGAAACUGCCAUAUUAUUGGUACGGAUUGAUGAUAUUGUAUCAGGAACUAAAAAGAUUGGAGAUGAUGGACAGCCAAAACCAUCAGCACAGCCAACUGAAGAAUCUAUGAAGGAAUAGUCUAUGUUUUUAUUCAUCACUUAAUUAAUUUUAAAAACUUUUCUAUACUUUCCAAAACUUGCUUUUGCUCAUUUAUACUCAAUGCUAUUUAAUGCUUGAUCAUGUUAUUAAAAUUAUUUUUUAUACCUAUGUUACAACAUUAAUAUUUAAUAUUAUAAAAUUAUUUCUAUUAAUAUAUUUUUACAAAACCGUUAGCGUUUAAAGUUAUUGAAAUUUAUUAAAAAAAAUUAUUAUAGAAAAAGAAAUGUUUUCAUUGCUUACAAUUUAAAAAUAUGUGAAAAACAUCUUUAUUUUUACACUGUUAUGAUGAUAUCAUUAAUAAUAUAAUAAUGUACUUGUCGAUUUGCUAUUUUAACUACAACAAAUUAAACAAAUAACUAUUAGAUCAGUUCAAUAAUAGGAUUAAUACAGCUAUGAAACAAGCUUCAAUCAAUCUAUAAAACCAUGUUAGUCAACUUACUUCCAAUCAAUCAAAGGUAGAAAUAGCGCAUUAAUAUUAUUGUAACUAUCAAUAUGAAAAAUGUAUUAUGCAUAUAAAUAAAAGUACUUAUCGGUUAACACAACUGCCCAAUUA